GCCUCAUAGCGAUUUAAAACGCAAGACUGGCUCUCUAUGACAGACACUGGGUGUCAAGCACGCUAAGCAUCCCGUCCUACACGCCUCAUCCACCCGUCCUACAUCCGGCCCUCCUCUCCAAGGAUGCUCCAGCUCCUGCAGCUUCGCCAGGGCGUGCUCGCGCUGCUCAUGUGGCUCGCGCACUUCAUGGAGGAGCACCGAGUUCAGGCUGGCAACUGCUGGCUUGAGCAGGGGAAGAAUGGGAGAUGUCAGGUCCUCUACAUGUCUGGGAUGAGCCGAGAAGAUUGCUGCAGAGGUGAAAGGCUGGGCACGGCAUGGACAGAGGAGGAUGUGCCCAGCAAUACCUUAUUUAGGUGGCUGCUCCUGAAUGGUGGUGCACCCAACUGUAUACCAUGCAAAGAGACAUGUGAUAAUGUGGACUGUGGUCCUGGAAAGCGGUGUAAGAUGAACAAGAGAAACAGGCCACGCUGCGUGUGUGCUCCAGACUGCUCCAGCGUCACCUCCAAAGGCCCUGUGUGCGGCUCAGAUGGGAAGACCUACCGCAACAAGUGUGCGCUCCUCAGAGCCAAGUGCAGGAGAUACCCCAACCUGGUGGCCCAGUAUCAGGGCAAGUGCAAGAAAACAUGUCAGGAUGUCCGCUGUCCCGGCUCUGCCACAUGUGUGGUGGACCAGGUCAACAAUGCCUACUGUGUGACCUGCAACCGUAUGUGUCCUGAAGCGACUUCACCUGAGCAGUACCUGUGUGGGAAUGAUGGGAUUGUUUAUGCCAGCGCUUGCCACCUCAGAAGAGCCACGUGCAUUCUGGGAAGAUCUAUUGGGGUCGCCUAUGAGGGCAAGUGCAUAGACGCUCAGUCGUGUGAUGACAUCCGCUGUCCCGAGGGGAAGCAGUGCCUUUGGGAUGCACGGACAGCACGAGGCCGCUGCUCGGCCUGCGAGGAUGACUGUCCAGAGAGCCGUCCCGGAGACAGCGUGUGCGCCAGCGACAACACCACCUACCCCAGCGAGUGCGCCAUGCGGCGGGCUGCCUGCUCGCUCCGCCGCGUCCUGGAGGUCAAACACUCCGGCUCGUGCAACUGCGUAGACCACUGACCUGUCCGAAACCCCUGACCCCCCUCUCAGUCCCACCGCACAAGGCUGCCCACCCGCUUCCUUGUGCCAAUCAGAAAAAGCAUUUUCAUUUCAGAUGCUUUGCUGGAAAAGAAGCAAAAACCAAUAACCAUUAACCAUUAAUGGUUCUUUAAAAAAAAAAAAAAAAACGUUUGUUGUCCUUUCAAAGCCAUGCGGUGAGUUUGUGUGCUGUUGUGUUUCGUACUGAUGCAACAGCUACUGUGUUCCUCCGCGUAGCCAUCUCGGAGCUGACGGAGGAGGACGAAGAUGAUGAAGAGGAGGAGGAGGAGGAUGAAGAUCAGGACUGCACAGAUUAUGUUCACGUUUCUCCAAUACUGAUGGGGUGAAGCGCCGUCAGCACCGGCACUCGACGUGAGUGCAGAGUCAGUAUUCAUACUGUACAUAGAGAUAUGCUUAUUUAUUUUCCAGGGAAAGAAAGAAAAGAGGAAGAUUUCAUAUAGCUCCGUCUUCUGGAUGUUUAUUUAUAUAUUUUUGUGUCCAUUUAUUUAUACAUUUAUAGUGUCUGACUGACUAUCUUUUGUCUUCUGUAUAUUAUCCUCAACACUAUUUAUUAUAAGGUGCAAUGUGUUACGUAGAAGCGUGUUGAUUUCGUGACCUAAACAAUAUAUACGUGUCGUUUUCUACAGUGCCCAAACUCGAUUAUCUGCCUGAACGCUUUGUAUAUGUGUGCGAGUGUGUGCGUUAGUUGGAAACCUAAAGCUCACUAAUAAAUGGACUUCUAAGCGGAUCUGGUUUUGUUUACAAUCAAAGCAGACUUAAACAGCUCUGCCGUUAAAGUCUUUAUAAGCAAUUUAUUUCUGUCUUCUACAGACGACAUGCUAUUUGAUGUGAAAAGAAUAAUGUGAGAGUAAAAAAACCAUAUGGACAUUAAAAUGUGGGCUUUUUUCUACAUUGGAAGGUUUUUUUGCUAUAAUAAUGCUUGAACACCAUUUUUGUUGCCAAUAUCCUAAUGCCGUCAAUGGUCUUUGUAGAAGGCUCUACUUUGUUUUAUCACAGAAUGUAUAGGAUUAACUAUAUCAAUGAUCUUAUAAUACUUUUGCCGUUCUUUUCUUUUUGGUUUGUUAUUGUUGAUUAUUCUGGAGAUUCAGCUGUAAGUAUAUAGUUUUUUUUUUUUUAUUGUUCAGUGUACAUAAAGAUAACGAUGCCAUUUGUAAACAUGCAGUAUGAGUAAAAACUGGUUAAAAAUA